AUGUCGAUUACAUUUAAAAAGAAAAUUUCAUCAACAUCAAAUAUUCGUUUACCACCAGGUACACGAUUAAAUUCAAAUGGGACAUUAUUAUUAACAUCAACUGGUAUAUCAUCACUUGAUACAUUUAUUGGAGGUGGUUUACCUAUCGGUUCACUUUUACUUAUAUAUGAAGAUAAAAAUUCCAAUUUAUCCGAUUCAAUAUUACGUUGUUAUUUAUCGGAAGGAAUUUAUAAUAAACAUGAUUUAUGUAUAUCAGCUUUACGAAAUGAUCCAACAGAAAAUCUUCCGACAAAAGAAGAAAAUCUUUCGUCAACUGAGAAUCGUUUAGAUGAUGAAAAUGAAAAAAUGAAAAUAGCUUGGCGUUAUGAAAAUCUAUCAACAAUUGAUUCAUCAUCAACUUCAAAUAUUCAUUAUGAUUUACAAAGUACAAAACCUAUUCCGAAUGAUUUGAUCGAACAAAUAAAAAUUCAUAAAAUAACAUGGAAUGAUUAUCAACAAUCACAAUCAACAUUAUCCUAUCGUAAUUAUUUAUUAAAAAGUCUUCAAAAACUUUUAACAAAUGAUUAUUCAUCUCAACAAACUGAAAAACGUAUACUUCGUAUUGGUAUUCAAUCAUUAUCAUUAUCUCUAUUCGAUGAUAAAACAUCAAAUCAUACUGAUGAAUUAUUUGCAUUUUUAUAUCAUCUAAGAAUAUUAUUACGUACAUCAUUAGCAACAUGUAUAAUAACAUUAAAUGAAAAAUCGAAAUUAUUUGAAACAUUAGCUGAUAUUGUUUUUGAAUUAAAAAUAUCAAAUUUAAUUCAUAAUGAUUAUGUUGCUUUUUGUCAAUUAAUUAAAUUACCAAGAUUAAAUACAAUACAACCAUUUAUACCUGAUACAUGGGAUAUUGGAAUAAAAUUAAUUAAACAUCGAAAAAAUCUUGUUUUUGAAAAAUAUUCUAUUCCACCUGAUCUAAGCGAGGAUGCAAGUCGUGAUGAUAAAAAUAAAUCAUUGACAUGUACACCAUCGAAACAAUUAGAUUUUUAA